GACAGCUAAUGGCGGCGGCCGCCUGAGUCGGGCGGGCGGCAGAUUGGGGCCGCCAGAGGCGCGCUGCUGGACCUUCCGGGGCGCCGCUCCCCUCCCGACGGCGGUUUCCCCGCGGCGGAGGGUUCGGCGCGCCAUGGACAGGCCGGCGGCGGCGGGGGCGGCGGCGGCGGCGGCGGCGGGGGGAGCGGCGGCGGCGGCGGCGGCAGGAGGCCCCCUCGGGUCGUGGGGGCCCCCGCCGCCGGCUCCCGGCAGCCCAGCGUGGAGACCCUGGACAGUCCUACAGGAUCACAUGUUGAAUGGUGUAAACAGCUUAUAGCUGCUACAAUUUCUAGUCAGAUUUCAGGUUCAGUGACAUCAGAAAAUGUAUCCAGAGAUUACAAGGCUCUAAGGGAUGGAAAUAAGCUGGCACAGAUGGAAGAGGCGCCCCUUUUCCCAGGAGAAUCAAUCAAGGCCAUUGUGAAAGAGGUCAUGUAUAUCUGCCCAUUUGUGGGAGCAGUGAGUGGCACCCUGACAGUGACAGACUUUAAGAUGUACUUCAAGAACGUAGAGAGAGACCCGCAUUUCGUCCUCGAUGUCCCCCUGGGAGUGAUCAGCAGAGUUGAGAAGAUAGGAGCGCAGAGCCAUGGAGACAACUCUUGCGGCAUAGAGAUCAUGUGCAAGGAUAUGAGGAACUUGCGACUUGCUUAUAAACAGGAAGAACAGAGUAAACUAGGGAUAUUUGAAAACCUCAACAAACAUGCAUUUCCUCUUUCCAAUGGGCAGACACUCUUUGCAUUCAACUAUAAAGAAAAAUUUCCAGUGAAUGGAUGGAAAAUUUAUGAUCCGGUAUCUGAAUAUAAAAGACAGGGCUUGCCAAAUGAGAGUUGGAAAAUAUCCAAAGUAAACAGUAAUUAUGAGCUCUGUGACACCUACCCCGCCAUCAUUGUCGUGCCAACUAGUGUAAAAGAUGACGACCUUUCAAAAGUGGCAGCGUUUCGAGCAAAAGGCAGAAUCCCGGUGUUGUCAUGGAUUCAUCCAGAAAGUCAGGCAACGAUUACCCGUUGCAGCCAGCCACUUGUGGGCCCUAAUGAUAAACGCUGCAAGGAAGAUGAGAAGCACUUGCAAACGAUAAUGGAUGCGAACGCGCAGGCUCACAAACUCAUCAUCUUUGAUGCCCGGCAAAACAAGGUCGCCAGCACCAACAAGGCAAAGGGUGGGGGCUAUGAAAGUGAAAGUGCAUACCCAAACGCAGAACUCGUGUUCCUGGAGAUCCACAACAUUCACGUGAUGAGAGAAUCGCUGCGAAAACUGAAGGAGAUCGCGUACCCGGCCAUUGACGAGGCGCGGUGGCUGUCCCACGUGGACGGGACGCACUGGCUGGAGUACAUUCGGAUGCUUCUUGCUGGGGCAGUAAGAAUUGCUGAUAAAAUAGAAUCUGGGAAAACCUCGGUGGUGGUGCACUGCAGCGACGGUUGGGACCGGACAUCCCAGCUGACGUCUCUGGCCAUGCUGAUGUUGGACAGUUAUUACCGCACCAUUAAAGGAUUCGAGGCUCUCAUAGAAAAGGAGUGGAUAAGCUUUGGACAUAGGUUUGCACUGCGAGUGGGCCAUGGCAAUGACAACCAUGCAGAUGCUGACCGAUCCCCUAUAUUUCUUCAGUUUAUUGACUGUGUUUGGCAAAUGACAAGACAGUUUCCUUCAGCAUUCGAGUUUAAUGAACUAUUCUUGAUUACAAUUUUGGAUCACCUUUAUAGCUGUCUCUUUGGGACUUUCUUGUGCAACUCUGAACAGCAGCGACUGAAAGAGGAUGUAUAUACAAAGACUAUAUCUUUAUGGUCUUAUAUCAAUAGCCAGCUGGAUGAAUUUUCUAAUCCCUUCUUUGUGAAUUAUGAAAACCACGUCCUAUAUCCUGUUACUAGUCUGAGUCAUUUGGAAUUAUGGGUAAACUAUUACGUGCGAUGGAAUCCACGAAUGAGGCCUCAGACGCCCAUCCACCAGAACCUCAAGGAGCUGCUGGCCGUCCGUGCGGAGCUGCAGAAGCGGGUGGAGGACCUGCAGCGGGAGGUGGCCGCGCGCGCCUCUGCCUCAUCUGAGCGGGGCUCCUCACCGUCACACUCGGUCACGCCCGUGCACACGUCGGUCUGA